GAGCUGGAGUUUGUUGGCUGAGCUGUGAGGAAGAAGGAGUCAGUGCUGUGAGGAGCUGCCCAGGGUAAAUCACCAAGAAGGUAUUUGUUUGAAUACAUAGAAGAAGAUGACAAGUGUGCAUGGAUGAUUUUACGUAAUUAACACCUGCUAGAUUUGCAAAAGGCAAUUAUCACUGCGAAGUGUUUACAUUGAUUUAUGGGAGGAAGGCGGCCCAUGAGAGGGAUGCUGAUAAUAUCAACACAGUGGAUUAAAUGCACAUUUACACCUUUAUUGACAUAUAAAUUAUCUGUGCCAGGAAUGCACUGAAAAGGCUGCCGAUGGAACAGUAAUGUGGCACACACUAGUGGGUUUGGAUUCAGCUCCGUCAUCCUUCUGUAAGGCACUUGCAUGGAAACCUUCGUCUGAGCUGCUAUAGGACACAGAGGCUCACAGAAUGGCUGCUUGGUAGAAUAAUGAGCAGUGAUGGCAAAUGGGAAUUCAGAAGAAUGAUGAAAGACAAUGGACGAGGUUUGAAGGAAUUGUCUCGCCUUUUUUAAAAUUACUUUUAGUUUUUUGCUGUUCAUGCUAUGGAUUUUUAGAGAAAGCUUAAAGAGGCUGGAAGAGUCUUUGCAGCAGGGAAAUGGAAUCUGGCUCUGAAUCCAGCCAACAUCAGAAAAGAAAGAUUGUGACACAUGGACUGGAAGAUCAAAAAAGGAAACGUGUUAGGAAAGCAGAAAGAGAAAAUGCCAGCCAUCCUGGUAGCCUCCAAAAUGAAAUCGGGACUACCUAAACCCGUCCACAGCGCUGCUCCAAUCCUGCAUGUCCCGACAGCCAGGACCAUCCCACAGCCCUGCUACCUGAAGUUUGGGAACAAGGUGGAGGUGACGAAGCCAUUGUAUUCCAGCCAGAUUCCUCUCAAAUCAUCCAGCGGACAAGAAAACGCGGGAGACGGCCUCCCAGCGAGGAAGAGUAGCUCGGUAGAAAAUGGAUUUGACACACAGAUUUAUACGGAUUGGGCUAAUCACUAUCUGGCAAAAUCUGGGCACAAGAGAUUGAUAAAAGAUCUGCAGCAAGAUGUGACUGAUGGAGUCCUGCUGGCUGAAAUAAUCCAAGUUGUAGCAAAUGAAAAGAUUGAAGACAUCAAUGGCUGCCCAAAGAAUAGGUCUCAAAUGAUUGAGAACAUAGAUGCGUGCCUGAGUUUCCUGGCUGCCAAGGGGAUAAACAUCCAGGGGCUGUCAGCAGAAGAAAUCAGGAAUGGGAAUCUGAAGGCCAUCCUGGGCCUGUUCUUCAGCCUGUCUCGGUACAAGCAGCAGCAGCAGCAGCCCCAGCAGCAGCCCCAGCUCCAUCCCUCGCAGCCAGCAGCGCCCCCAGCCCAGGGCCAGCAGCACCAGGGGCCAGCUCUGCCCCACUCCCCGUGCCAGCAGCAGCUGAAAGCACAGCCAGAAAUGCACUCCAGUGCAUCUCCCAGGGACUCAUCUCAAAGCAAAAUCAUCCGAUUCACUCUUGGUCAGAAAAGGUCCUCUAGACUUCCAGGUCCCACCAUGAGGGUGUCCGCUGCGGGCAGCGAGGCCAAAGCUCGUGGUGCCAUCAGUGCCAACAACCGACGCAGCCAGAGCUUCAACAACUACGACAAAUCCAAGCCUGGCCUUCUCCCCCCAGCCCCAACCAGCAGCAACGACAAAGAGCCUGCAGACAGCGCGGCCUCCCAGCCCACAGGAAUGAAUGAAAAUGUCUCAUCCUCAGCUCCGAGCUGCGGCAGCGCUGUUCCUUGCAAUAACUCCUCAGCCAUCCCUCAGCCCAGCUCUGCUAUUAAGCCUUGGCGCAGCAAGUCCCUCAGCGCCAAGCACACCGCGACGUCUUCCAUGCUGUCCGUGAAGCAGCCGCCCGCGGAGCCUCCCAGGCCUCCCUCGGAGAUCGCCAAGGCAGCUCCCAACGCUCAGAAAUCCAUGCUGGAAAAGCUGAAACUCUUCAACAGCAAGGGGGGCUCCAAGGCAGGAGCGUCCGGGACCGCGCCGGAGUGUCCGGGCUCUCGGGACAACAGCUGCGAGAGGCUGGAGGCGCUCCUGAGCUUUGAGGAGAGCGAAGAGAUCGAUGCCACCAGCCAGAAUGUGAACAGCCCGGCAUCCAUGUCCAGCAGCCCCAAAAUUGCACUCAAGGGAAUCGCACAAAGGACUUUCAGCCGCGCGCUCACUAAUAAGAAAAGUUCUCCAAAGGGUAAUGAGAAGGAGAAAGAGAAACAAAAAGAGAAAGAAAAGGAUAAAAGCAAGGACAUUACAAAGAGAACAUCCAUCACCGAGAAGCUGGAGCUGAAGGAGGAACCUAAAGAAGAACAGACAGCACUAACAACAACAGCAGAGAUGCCAAAAAAGUCCUCCAAGAUCGCGAGCUUUAUCCCUAAAGGAGGGAAGCUGAACAGUGCCAAGAAGGAGGCCUCUGCCCCUUCGCACAGCGGAAUACCAAAACCAGGAAUGAAAAUCACCACAGGGAAAUCCUCAAGUGCCCCUGUUGCUGCCAAGGAAGGCGAGCGGAGCCGUGGCGGGAAGGCCAGCGCGGGGCUGUCCCAUCAGAAGUCCCAGCUGGACGGCCGCCACUCCAGCUCCUCGUCCAGCCUGGCCUCCUCCGAGGGCAAGGGCGCGGGGGGCCUGCAGGGCAGCGGCAGCAGCCAGGCCGCCAGCGGGCCCGCGGUGAGCACGCACACCACGGGCAGCAACACCGUCAGCGUGCAGCUACCUCAGCCCCAGGCGCAGUACAGCCACCCCAACACCGCCACCGUGGCGCCCUUCAUGUACAGAUCUCAGACAGGCCAUGAAGGGAGCGUGACAGCCGAGGCCAGCACGGGAGGGGUCAGCAUGGAUUCUGCUCUUUAUGUCAAAACUGCCCAGCCUGCCCUCGAGGACCUCUCAGGGGAGGACCCCGAGACGCGGCGGCUGCGCACGGUGAAGAACAUCGCUGACCUGCGGCAGAACCUGGAGGAAACCAUGUCCAGCCUGCGGGGCACCCAGGUCACCCACAGCACCUUGGAGACCACGUUUGACACCAGCGUCACCACCGAGAUCAGCGGCCGCAGCAUCCUCAGCCUGGCGGGGCGGCCGACGCCGCUGUCGUGGCGGCUGGGCCAGUCCAGCCCGCGGCUGCAGGCGGGCGACGCGCCGUCGGCGGGCAGCGCCUACGUGUCCCCCGUGGGCAGCGGCGCCUUCCCGCCGCGGGGCAGCGCCGGCCGCCUGGGCAGCGCCGAGCCGGGGGGCGCCGCGCGCUACCUGUACCCCGCGCCGCUGCGGCGGCAGCUGGCCACGCGCGGCAGCGGCCUCUGCCACGUGGACAUCGCCGACAAGGCCGCCGACGACAUGGACCUCGAGGGGCUCGCCAUGGACGCCGCCGGCUACAUGAGCGACGGCGACGUGCUGGGCAAGAACAUCCGCGCCGACGACAUCACCAGCGGGUACCUGACGGACGGCGGGCUGGGGCUGUACACGCGGCGGCUGACGCGGCUGCCCGACGGCAUGGCCACGGUGCGCGAGACGCUGCAGCGCGGCACGGCCCUGCGCCUGGGCGACGCCGACAGCUGGGACGACAGCAGCUCUGUCAGCAGCGGGAUCAGUGACACCAUAGACAAUCUCAGCACGGAUGACAUUAACACCAGCUCCUCCAUCAGCUCCUAUGCCAACACUCCUGCCUCCUCCCGCAAGAACUUAGAUGCACAGACGGACGCAGAGAAGCAUUCCCAGGUGGAGCGGAAUUCCCUGUGGUCGGGCGAUGAAGUCAAGAAGUCGGACGGGGGAUCUGACAGCGGCAUAAAGAUGGAGCCGGGCUGCAAGUGGCGGCGGAACCCCUCGGAUGUGUCGGACGAGUCCGACAAAAGCACUUCUGGUCGGAAGAACGCCGUCAUUGCCCAGACGGGCUCCUGGCGGCGGGGCAUGUCCGCUCAGGUCGGCAUCACCGCGCCGAGGCCCAAACCUGCCGCCGCCUCAGGCACCUUAAAGACACCUGGGACAGGGAAAACUGAUGACGCCAAGGUAUCAGAAAAGGGUAGACUAUCUCCUAAAGCUGGACAUGUUAAACGUUCCCCAUCAGAUGCAGGACGCAGCAGUGGUGAUGAAUCCAAAAAGCUUCCCACAAGUAACUCUAGGACAGCUGCUGCUAAUGCUAAUGCAUUUGGAUUUAAGAAACAGAGCGGGUCAGCCGUAGGCAUGACCAUAAUCACUGCCAGUGGGGCAACUCUCACCAGUAGAUCGGCUACCUUGGGAAAGAUCCCCAAGUCAUCUGGACUCAUGGGUAGGACCACUGGUCGGAAGACUAGUGUUGAUGGCUCCCAGAACCAGGAUGAUGGCUACUUAGCACUUAGUGCACGAACUAAUCUCCAGUACCGUAGCUUGCCCCGGCCCAGUAAAUCCAGUAGCAGAAGUGGAGCUGGGAAUAGAUCUAGCACGAGUAGCAUAGACUCCAACAUAAGCAGCAAGUCAGCUGGGUUGCCUGUCCCUAAAAUCAGAGAGCCUGCCAAGGUAAUCCUUGGAAGCUCUCUGCCAGGAUUAGUCAAUCAGACUGAUAAAGAGAAAGGGAUUUCGUCUGACAACGAAAGCGUGGCUUCAUGUAAUUCUGUUAAAGUGAACCCUGCAUCACAGCCUGCUGCUAGCGGAGCUCAGAGUACCCACCAGCAAGGAGUCAAGUACCCCGAUGUGGCCUCUCCCACCCUGCGCAGACUUUUUGGUGGCAAGCCUAGUAAACAAGUUCCCAUCACAACAGCUGAAAAUAUGAAAAACUCAGUAGUCAUCUCCAACCCUCAUGCUACCAUGAGCCAGCAGGGUAACCUUGACUCCCCGUCUGGCAGUGGUGUGCUGAGCAGUGGGGGCAGCAGUCCCCUCUAUGGUAAAAACACAGAUCUCAACCAGUCUCCACUGGCUUCCAGCCCCAGCUCUGCCCACUCGGCUCCUUCCAACAGCCUGACGUGGGGCACCAACGCCAGCAGCUCCUCUGCAGUUAGCAAGGAUGGCCUGGGGUACCAGUCUGUCAGCAGCCUGCACACCAGCUGCGAGUCCAUCGACAUCUCCCUGAGCAGCGGGGGCGGGCUGAGCCACAACUCCUCCAGUGGCUUGAUCCCAGCCUCCAAGGACGAUUCUCUGGCUCCCUUCGUCAGGACCAGCAGCGUUAAGACCACGCUGUCUGAAAGGUAUACUCCAUCCUCCCAGCUCCGUAGUCAAGAGGAUGCCAAGGAAUGGCUCCGGUCCCAUUCAGCAGGAGGACUGCAGGAUACUGCUGCCAAUUCUCCAUUUUCAUCUGGAUCCAGCAUAACAUCACCCUCUGGAACCAGAUUUAACUUCUCGCAGCUUGCGAGCCCCACGAGCGCGGCGCCGCUGAGCCUGUCCAACCCCGGCAUGCUGCGCACGCACAGCCUGUCCAACGCCGAUGGCCCCUACGAGCCCUGCGGCGACGCGCGCCUGCGCAACAGCUCCGUGUCCCUGGACGACAAGAGCCGCACCAUGAGCCGCUCCGGCUCCUUCCGCGACGGCUUCGAGGAGGUGCAUGGUUCUUCUCUCUCUUUGGUGUCCAGUACAUCAUCUAUUUAUUCCACACCUGAAGAGAAGUGCCAGUCAGAGAUUCGCAAGCUGCGCAGAGAAUUGGAUGCAUCCCAGGAAAAGGUGUCAGCUCUGACAACUCAGCUGACUGCUAAUGCUCACCUGGUGGCAGCGUUUGAGCAGAGCCUGGGGAACAUGACCAUCCGACUGCAGAGCCUGACCAUGACAGCAGAGCAGAAGGACUCGGAACUGAAUGAGUUAAGGAAGACAAUUGAACUGCUGAAGAAACAAAAUGCUGCUGCUCAGGCUGCCAUCAAUGGAGUCAUCAACACACCUGAGCUCAACUGCAAAGGCCCCGGCGCUGCCCAGCCCGCGGAGCUGCGGAUCCGCAGGCAGCACUCGUCAGACAGCGUGUCCAGCAUCAACAGUGCCACCAGCCACUCCAGCGUGGGCAGCAACAUCGACAGCGACUCCAAGAAGAAGAAGAGGAAGAACUGGUUACGCAGCUCCUUCAAGCAAGCUUUUGGGAAAAAGAAAUCUCCCAAGUCAGCAUCUUCUCAUUCAGACAUUGAGGAGAUGACUGAUUCCUCCUUACCUUCCUCACCAAAGCUACCACACCACAACACCACUGUUUCAACACCGCUGCUGAGAGCUUCCCAUUCCAAUUCCCUCAUUUCGGAGUGCACGGACAGCGAGGCCGAGACGGUGCUGCAGCUGCGCAACGAGCUGCGCGACAAGGAGAUGAAGCUGACCGACAUCCGCCUGGAGGCGCUCAGCUCUGCCCACCAGCUGGACCAGCUGCGCGAGGCCAUGAACAGGAUGCAGAGCGAGAUUGAGAAGCUGAAAGCAGAGAACGAUCGGCUGAAGUCUGAAAACCACGGCAGCUGCAGCAGGGCUCAGUCUCAGGUUUCCAUCUCCUCCUCUCCCAGACACUCCGUGGGUCUCUCUCAACACAGCCUGAACCUCACGGAGUCAAGCAGUCUCGACAUGCUCCUGGAUGACCCUGGAGACGGCUCUGCCCGCAAGGAGGGAGGCAGGCACGUCAGAAUAGUCGUCAGCUUCCAGGACGAGAUGAAAUGGAAGGAGGACUCCAGGCCUCGCUCCUUCCUCAUAGGCUGCAUUGGGGUCAGUGGCAAGACCAAGUGGGAUGUGCUGGACGGGGUUGUGAGGCGCCUGUUCAAGGAGUACAUCAUCCACGUGGAUCCCCUGAGCCAGCUGGGGCUGAACUCGGACAGCGUCCUGGGCUACAGCAUCGGGGACAUCAGGCGCACCAGCAGCGCCGAGACCCCCGAGCUGCUGCCCUGUGGCUACCUGGUGGGGGACAGCAACACCAUCUCAGUCACCAUCAAAGGUGUGUGUGAGAACAGCCUGGACGGGCUGGUGUUCGAGUCGCUGAUCCCCAAGGCCAUCCUGCAGCGCUACGUGUCCCUGCUGAUGGAGCACAGGAGGAUCAUCCUGUCGGGCCCCAGCGGCACGGGCAAGACCUACCUGGCCAACAGGCUGUCCGAGUACAUGGUGCUCAGGGAGGGCCGGCCGCUGGCCGAGGGCAUCAUCGCCACCUUCAACGUGGACCACAAAUCCAGCAAGGAACUCCGGCAGUACCUGUCCAACCUGGCAGACCAGUGCAACAGUGAAAAUAACGCUGUGGAUAUGCCUCUUGUCAUCAUUCUGGACAAUUUGCACCAUGUUAGCUCCCUAGGAGAGAUCUUUAAUGGGCUCCUGAACUGCAAGUACCACAAAUGUCCGUAUAUUAUUGGAACAAUGAACCAAGCCACCUCCUCCACACCUAAUCUUCAACUUCACCAUAAUUUCAGAUGGGUGCUGUGUGCAAACCACACUGAGCCAGUCAAGGGCUUUCUCGGCCGCUUCCUGAGGAGGAAGCUGAUUGAAACAGAGAUCAGUGGCAGGAUGAGGAAUGCAGAGCUGGUGAAGAUUAUUGAUUGGAUUCCCAAGGUCUGGCAACAUCUGAACAAAUUCUUGGAGGCUCACAGCUCCUCUGAUGUUACUAUUGGUCCACGGCUCUUCCUUUCGUGUCCAAUAGAUGUAGAUGGUUCUAGAGUUUGGUUCACUGACUUGUGGAACUACUCCAUCAUUCCCUAUCUUCUGGAGGCAGUAAGAGAAGGGCUACAGCUGUACGGGAGGAGGGCGCCCUGGGAGGACCCUGCCCGGUGGGUGAUGGACACGUACCCCUGGGCAGCCAGCCCCCAGCAGCACGAGUGGCCGCCCCUGCUGCAGCUGCGGCCCGAGGACGUGGGCUUCGACGGCUACUCCGUGUCCCGGGAGGGCUCCGCCAGCAAGCAGGUUCCCGUCAGCGAUGCCGAGGGAGAUCCGCUGAUGAACAUGCUGAUGAGGCUGCAGGAGGCAGCCAACUACUCCAGCCCCCAGAGCUACGACAGCGACUCCAACAGCAACAGCCACCACGACGACAUCCUGGAUUCCUCGCUGGAGUCCACGCUCUGAUCUCCCUCAGGCAGAGGCUGUUCCCUCUUGGCAAGAGCCCUGACCACGGACUGAUGGAAAGAACCUUCCUGGGCUGGGAUCUCAGUAUUAAGAGCUGCAAGAACAAGACACUUGGAGCAAUCUUGAACCUGGGUGCAGGCAACCCAAGUGACCUUUUUAUUGUUUUUCUUUUGACCAUGAUGAGAACUGCACUACUCCUUUGUUUCCUUCUUUUUAGUUGCUGUAAGCUCUCAUGCCUAAGAUCCUGAAGAUGUUAAAAAUAAUCAUCAUUACCAAGAUGAAGGGACUGGGGUGAGGGGCAGUUUCACAGCUGUGAAGCAAGCAGCUUAGUGCCAUGUACUGUCUGGAAAGAGAGGGGAGAGGGAAUAUUUGCCUAUGCUGCUUCUGACCAAACACAUUUACAUGAGGGCUGGACUUUUACCAGUCAGCUUUGUGGGUUAAACUCAGCUUCAUAUAGUUCUGGUGCUAUAACAAUAUCUACAACUUGCCUCCUAAUAAUACUCAAUGAAGGCAAAGCUGCAAAACAGGGAAGCUUGAAUAAAUAUUAAAAAAUGAGAAAAGGAAAAAAAAAAUUAAAACAAAAAUCGCUGCUCUCCUUGCCAGUCUGAGACCUUGGUUUUCUUUCAUUGUGUGUUUAUAAAGAUUAUAUAUAUAAAUAGGAAUAUAUAAAAAUAUGUAUACAGUCUGAACAAAUCAGGUUUUUUUCAAACACUGUGUAGCAAUCAAUCCUGCUACAAAUGAGAAAUCAGGUAGCCUUUUGCUAGUCAGGGCCCAAUUCUCUUCCCACUCAGGCCCACCCCACAGCUGGGCUGAGCUCUGUGCUGUUUACAGGGCACUGCCCCACCCUGGGGAGAGGGGGCUCCCUCUGGCCAGGGCAGUGGCCGGGCUGUGCCCACGGAGCCGGGCAGUGCACGGGCACAGAGCUCUGCACACACCCAGGGCUGAGCUGCUCCCUGCCAACGGCUGCGGCAGACUCCAGUUUUUAAUUCUUGCCAUGAAAUGUGACAGCUGUUUUUAGAAAACUUUGGGUUUUGUUCAGAGGUUUCAUUCCAAUCAGCACAACCAUAAGGGGGUUAAUUAAAAUUCAGCUCUGUGGCAGUUCCAGUGCUACUCUGGCGACAAGACUUCCAUUAAUUUUCUUUUUAAUUGCAAAGUUAAAAAAAAAGAAAAAAUAGCAUUUCAGCAGUAUUCAGGUCUGGAAAUAAAAAGAUAAGGUACUGAGUACCGUGUCUUUUGGUUUAGCUGUGCCAUGCCUUUGGGUUGUGGCAGAGCUGUGAGCCUGCUCUGGUGUCCCCUCCUCUGGACGCACACACGCACACGGUCGGGGCUGGGGCUGUGCCUGUGCUGGGAACCACAGCAUCCCUCCCAAAGAGCUGCACUGUCCCUGACACCAUCCUGCCAGCCCUGUGCCAGCCUUCCCAGCUCUCCUCUGGUGCUGACUUCUGAAAGCGAUGCCUUAUUUUGUACUAAUUGUGUUGGAUUAAAUUAGUGCUGUAUAGUAUGGGAUUUUAUUUAAAGAAACAGGGCUAAAGUCAUCUCUUGAAAUAUCAUAAGUUGCUGUGAAUAUUGUUUGUAUGAGAUACUAGAAUUUGUUUUAAUGUGACAAAAAAGGAGGGAAAUGAGAUAACGUUUCAGGUUCAUAUCAAUCCCCAGCUAACAAAUCACUGAAGAGCUGUUUUAUCCAUGCAGAAGGGACAAAGAAGCUUUUCAGCUCUAAUAAAUUACAGGAAUAUGCUGGUUUUUCAAUGUGCAGAAAGAAAUCUUACUACAAACACUUUGUCAAUAGCUUGUGGGUUUAAAGGACCAUAACAAACAAGUUCAUGCUUCUGUGGCUCAGCUCGAGAGGAUGGUUUUAUUAUACCUCAUGACUUUCUGUAAUAUAACUGUACUUUGUCUUACUAAGCUGGUCUUGAAUCUGCUCCUGUUACAACUUUUAAGUGCUGAUGACUUUUUUUUUUUAAGAAAAAUAUUGUAAAAGGAAAAAUUUAAAUAUUUUAAUGAUGGGGGGGAAGAGCUCGGUGCUGUUACUGUUUUAACCUUAUGAACUCUGAUUUCAUUAUUUCACUGAAUGGAAUAACAAAGGUUACUCAGCCAAUUUUCCUAAUCCAGUUCUUGGUACUGUAAAAAAUGGGUUAGAUCUGUAUGGAAUCAAAUCCAUAGCAUGCUGAUGAUGAGUUUGAGAGAAGUUAAUUUUCCCAGUAGUCUUGACAAUUCUGCUUCCCAGCACUGACUUUACCUGCUACUACUGUGAAUUUUGGUACCUAAUCCCCAAACUGAAUCCAUGCAGACAGAGCAUGUGCCUGUAAAAAAACCCAGUUGCAGGGCUAGGGCUUUAAAUGGACUUAAUAUCCUAGAAAAUGUCUCAGUUGACCUUUAACUGAGUGCUAAAAGACAAGUUUAAAGUAGUGUUUUAUUUGUGGGGAACGGGGUAUUUUUUUUUUGUCAUGUUUAAUCCUGUGCUUAAGCUCAGGAAGAAAUUUCUAUUAUCUCUUCUUUUUUUUAUUGACACUAGCUUGGCUUAAAGUGAGAGAGGCAAUUUUGGAUAGGCUAGUCAUUCUGAGCAUCACAAUAUUCCAUGUCUUUUCUGAAACUUCGGGAAGCAGGGUUACCUGUUGUGCACACGUCUUAGUUUUUAUCAGGACUUUUCAUAGAUUAACUCUUUCUUUAGGUGGCUUUCUUCUCGUUUAAGGCUUUUUCAAAACACUUCCUUUUUUAAUUUUUUUUCCUUCCUUUUUUUCUCCUCCUUACAAAGUUGGCUUGUUUAAAAAAAAAUACCAACGAGAAAUGCAAGAUUCUAUGCAACAUUCGUGUUGAGUUAUAAAUUGAGAGAAUAAACCAUUUUCUUUCCUUCAGAACUGCCAAGAAUGAUACAGGCCAUAAAUGAGAUGUGGUUUAUUUGGGAAAGGGGAGGGAGGGGGUUGGUUAGCCUUUUUGUACAUUUUGAAAGAAGCAAACUUGAUAUUUCAUUGUUGAUGCUUAACUUCGAUAUUAUGUGUAUGAAAUCUUGUCUAAAUGUGACAAUUUUCUUUCAAGAAAAAAAAUUAUAUACAAAAACAAAGCAAAAAAAUCUUUGUUGAUAUUAAAUGGAAGGUUGCUGUUUUGAUCUAGUCGUUUCCAGUGGAACAGUUUAUGAAAUAUGUUCUAUAAGAUGUACAUUUUUUCAUUGUAACAUAGAAAUGUAAAUAUUUGAUUAAAAGUGCUGCAUUUUGAUGAAUUUUUUCUAGCCAUUUUUAAAGAGAAAACUAGGAAUUGAGUAUUUUGUGUACGUUUAUGAUGUUUUCCAUUUGCUCCUCUCCCUAUUUAAUUUUCAGUUCUCAUUUAGGAUUGGAAUUUGUGAAUGGUCUGUUUGAGAUCAUGCCUCCCCUUUCUCACUCUCCCUGUUUCUACCCCUUCCCCACCCCGUGUCAUGGAGAAUAAAGCUGAUGAUUGUACCAGUCUUAAAUUAUUCAUGAUUCAAUAAAAUUGAUGCUUAUUUAUUCAGA